CAUUGCCAUUUUUUCCGACACAAACUUCCGCUACGCGCACUUUGAAUGUUUGGGAAAUGAGGUGAAUAUUUUGAUACGAUAUGAUGAAAAUGCCUGUCUUGGAGAACGGGAAAACAGAAACAGAGGAAGAAGAAAUGGAACAAGAAACCCCGGGAAGCAAUAAUAGUUCUGAUGAUGACUCAGAAAUGGGUUCAGAGGAGGAAGAUGGUUCAGAACUUGAUGAAGAAGAAUGUGAAAGAAGAAAAACAGAGUGCCUAGAUGAUAUGGCAGAUUUAGAAAAACAGUUCUCAGAUUUAAAAGAAGUGCUAUACAAGGAGAGAAUGGGUCAGAUUGAACAUAAACUAGAGGAAGUCCGAGCAGGCAGGGCUCUGGAAUACCUCAGUCCUCUAGCACAGUUACAGGAAAACAUGAGAAUUAGAACAGAAGUAGCAGGAAUCUUAAGAGAAUUCAGGAUAGACAGCAUUCAGAAUAAAUUUGAAAGUGAAGUUUUAGCUGCACAGCAAAAUUUAGAGAGUGAAAAGGAACUUUUAUAUGAUAGUGUCAAAGGUGAACUUGAGGAUCGAAUUCGUCGUCUAGAGGAAGACAGACAUAAUAUAGAUAUAUCAUCUGAUCUCUGGGAUGAAACACAGACAAUGAGUAAGAGUAAAAAGAAAAUAGAUGGUUCAUCUUCAGAACGAAGGAAAAAACCUGUAUCUGUGUCAGGACCAUAUAUAGUAUACAUGUUAAAGGAUGUAGAAAUUAUAGAGGACUGGACAGCAAUUAAAAAGGCACUCAAACAGAAAAGAAAGUCUGAGUAUGACUUCUGCUGAAGCUGGAACUUCCAAAUGUGCAAUGUUUAUGUGGUGCUUUUAAAGCAGACAGUCACUGCCAGCUGUCCAAAUCCAUAGCCUCAGUGCUCAAGUGUCAAGGACAUCUCCCAGACAACACAAGACUUGUGCUAGCCAGUUCAAUUGUUAAGCAGCUAGCCAUGCAAAACCUGUGCAAUUAUUGUGUGGGUGAAGAAUCUUGUGGAUUCUAUCCAUGUUUUUGGCAAGCUACACUAUGUUGUUUUCAUGAAUGUGAAAGGUUCCGUUUUCUGUUAAACUAAUGUAGAUUGUGCAUGCCAAAAUAAACUAUUAAUGCAAUACAGUAGGAAACACAAAUUUGUACACUUGAAAAAUAUAGAUUCUGUUUAGAUUUUCAUUAAAAUAAAAUGUUUUAUAAUCUGUUUGAAUACCCCCACUUUUCAAGCAGGAGGGGGUUUAUAGUGAUGGGGUGUCUGUCCGUACGUCUGUAACAUUUGGAGGUACCAAUCUCUUAUCCUCAACUCAUGCUAUAUCACUGAAUAAAAUUUAAUGAGACUUUCACAGAAUCUUGAUUACAUAGAGCCAUUUUGCAGCUCCUAUUUUAUUUUUUGCUCAUAGAUAUUUGGGGUUUCCUAUAGCAAAACAUGGACACUUCUACUCUUCCUAUAAUAUUGGGGAUACCCAACUCUUAUCUGCAAUUUCUGCAAUACCACAGAACAAAAUUUAAUCAGACUUUCACAGAAUCUUUAAUAAAUAGUGCCAUUGUGCAGAUCCUAUUUUAUUUUUGGGUCAGACAGAUAUCUGAGGUUUCCCAUAGCAGAACAUGGACACUGACAAUCUCUUUAUAACAUUGGGGGGUACCCAUCUCUUAUCUGCAACUUCUCCUAUACCACAGUAACCACUGAAUAAAAUUGAAUGAGACUUUCACAUAAUCUCUUUUACAUAGUGCUAUUGUACUCCUCUUAUUUUUCAUUUCCAUUGGACAUCUAUUUGGGGUUUCCUAUAGCAAAACACUGACUUUGCCAUUACAUUCAUGUGGGAAUGGGGUGAAUCAUUUUGUGAGUUCAGUGCUCACAGUACCUCUAUUAUUUUUUUUUUUAAGAAGAAGAAGUUGUUUAUAUUCAGUAUAUGUUUUUCUCAUAAAAAGUUUCAAAGGGAAAAAAUACCAUGUUACAUAAUACAUAUAUUUUCACUUUGAAGUACAUCUAUGUUAAGAUAGAGAUUGACAAGCUACAUGUAAUUAUCCAUUGUUUAUGACAACCUGUUUAUAGUAUCUUGGAUAUUUUUACAGCAAUUCCUUAUGUUAUUUGAAAAUGUUUAGCAUUAUGGAAAUUUUUAUUACAUAGUUGAUCUAAAAAUGUUUCAAUGUAUCCACAUUAUUUAAUUCUUAAUUACAUGCACUGUAAAAACAGAGUUGUUAUGAAUGAGUUAAUAAUGAUGCUGCAUUCAGUUGUUAUGCCUGAGUAAAUGUAGUGCUGUUUUUUUUCUCUAAUGAUUGAAAUGUUUAUAUCUGUCCAAGAAACCUAUAUCUGUACAGUUACAUACACAUGUAUUAUUUAUUUUUGGUGUAUAAAUGUAUAGGUCAUUGAUGAUAUUCUUCAGUUGUUUGUCUGUAUAUUGUUUAUGAACAGAUUCAGUGAACAAAAUUAGUCUACUUAUAUCUGCAUUAUAGUAUUGGCAUCAUGCAUUUUGUACAUAUUGUAGAUGAGAGGUUGUAAGUAUGUAAAUAAAGAAACAGUUUUAUAAGCAUC